AUGCAGGUUCAAGAGGAACAUGACCAUGUGGUGUGCAACGAUGAUCAAAUGCAAAUCAUCAUCAAAGGCAAGCGCACGAAGCGUCAAAGGCUACCAUCACCUCUUAGGCUAGCAAUGUCAACAACAUCAAGAAGCAGCACUACUGACAAUUCAGGAGGAUCAUAUGAUGUUGCUACAACCUCAACCACUGUUUCAAUUGAUGAAUUCAGGAACAGAACCGAAGAAUUAGAGGAUCACGACAUGGCCAAUUGUUUGAUUCUCUUGGCUCAAGGCUAUCAUAAUAACAACAACCAGCAUGUGGCUGCACCUGAUCACAACAAUAACAACAAUAAGAAGAAGAUCACAGGGCUAUACCCUUACCAGUGCAAGACUUGUAACCGAUGCUUCCCUUCAUUCCAAGCGCUUGGUGGCCACAGAACCAGCCACAAGAAACCUAAUAAGGCAAAUAGUAGUACUACAGAAGAAAAGCAAGGAAAAGUUACUACUUUUGUUAAUGAGUUAGCAGCGAAUGAUCAUCAUAAUUAUGAUCCCACAAGCACCAACCUCACCUUACAAUUAUCUAAUAGGGAUUUGUAUAGAAGCAGCAUUGCUACAACAACUACUCCUAAAUCUAAAGUUCAUGAGUGUUCCAUAUGUGGAGCUGAGUUCACAUCAGGUCAAGCCUUGGGGGGUCAUAUGAGACGGCAUAGAACUUCUGCAACAUUAUCUAUGAGUGGUGGAAACCCCGGAAAACAAGAAGCCAAGAAACCCAGAAAUGUUUUGAAGCUGGACUUGAAUCUUCCAGCACCUGAGGAUGAUCACAGAGAACCCAAGUUUCCUUUUCAGUCCAAAGAAAAAGUUAUUGUAUUCUCUGCAACUUCUUUGGUGGAUUGUCAUUACUAA